AUGAAUUUAUCUUCAGCGCAAACAUUAGACGCUGUGUCUGUUUUGUUAAUUUCCUUACAACGUAUCUGUCGAAAUUUAUCGCACUUACUCAAUAGUUUAGAUGCAGAUGUUGAUUCAUUUGAACAUUUAUUAACCCAAUUGACAACGUCGAUGCAUGAAUCACCGUCAACAUCAAGUCUAGAAUAUGAACAAGAAAUGGAAGAUUAUUAUGAAAAACUAUGUGAUGAACAACUCGAACCGAAAGUUGCGCCACGUGUGACAACGCUUUAG